UCCUUCCAUCCUUCCACCUCUCUGCUUCAUUUGAACUCAGACUAACAAGAGAACGUCCACACUGAACUUGUGAAGCGUUACAUCUCAUCUAAACCUGUUUCUGAGUGCAUGAUGAGUCGGCUGGAGGAGCUUUGUUUUCGGGUGCACAGAAUGGACUUAGAGGAGGAUUUCUACCCAUAUGGAGACGGAGGCGAGCUGCGCGCAGCCCUGCGCCGGAAAGAGGAAGAGCUCGUGCUCGCGGCUCAGCUCGGGAACGCGCUUCUGACCGAGAACCGGCAGCUGAAGGAGGAGAAGAACAAACUGCAGGAACAGAACACGGAGAAGAUCGAGGAGCUGGAACAGGACAGACACAAUCUGAGGCUGAAGCUUCAGGGAUGCCAGGCUCAGUGGGAGAGUCAGGUGGCCGAGCUGGAGCGGGACGUCCGGGUGCUGAACGCUCGGGCUGAACGACUGACGAGGCAACUGAACGAGGCAGAGAGGGAGAAGAGUCGGAGUGAAGAGCAACACAACCAGAUCAGUCAGCAGCUUCAGGAGCAGCUCCAGGCGGCCAUGGAGGUGAAACUGGCCGUUACGGCUGAGCUACAGAGCCUGAAACAGGAGCUGGGAGAGAAAGGCCAACCAAGACUACAAGAUGAAGAAAUGCUCAGUGUCCUUAAAGAACAAGUUGCACGACUGACGGAGCGGGAACAGUCUCUGGAACAGAGGUUGGAGACAGUGUGCAAAGAGAACGCUGGUCUGCGAGACAGUGUGUCCUCACUAUACACACAACUGGCCCUACAAGAGCAACAGAUUAACACACAAACACAACAGCUGGCAGAAGCCUGGCAGGAAGUGGAGCUUAGGAAAGACAAAGUACAAGAUCUCCAGUCUCAGAUAGAGGAACUACAGGAAGAAGUUUCUCUCCAGAGGACCGCUGAUGGGAACACAUCCCUGCUUUCAGAGAUGGAGCGUAGCCUAGGGGCCAUCAACUGGAGCCAAGACAAGGAGCAGGUCGUACAGGAAGUGAGCACCAUCUUACACAUGCUGCUUCCUAUUUCCCGUGGUUCUGAGGCCCUGUGCAAUCAAGAUGAUAGACUGCAAAGCAUGCUGGGACAGCUGAAGAGUGCAGCAGAAAGGAUUGUGCACAAUGAGACACUGCAGGAGAUGAACAGGCCCAUUGUAGGAGGAGACACGGCGCUGUGUGAGAAUACAUCCUGGAUACAGGAGCUGCGAGAUCAGAACACACAGCUCUUAAAUGAGAACGCUGAACUCCGGCUCAAAGCUGACAGCAGGCUGGAUAAAGAGAUCAUUCAAAGAGCUAUUAAAGACAGAGAUGACGCCAUUUCAAAGAAAACAGCAGUGGAGGCAGAACUGGUGCGGUGCAGAAAUGAUAUGAUGUAUCUGAACAACCAACUGCUGGAGGCCAUCCAGCGUAAACUGGAGCUGUCUCAGGAACUGGAGGCCUGGCAGGAUGACAUCCAGGUAAUCAUUAACCAGCAACUGAAGAGCCAAACAGAGCAGCAGAUGCAGUCAAAGAGGUCAGGAGGAGGUCGCCUGUCUUUUUUCCGCAAACCACUGAAAGCAUCGUCCUCUGUGUCCUGCAUACCAGAAGCCACUGCAGUGCCAAACCGCUCACCCUGGAAAAACUGGCUGAAUGUGGCCAAAUAAACUCAGACACAGUACAGGAAAUGUGUACACACCCAACACCUACACACACACACUGCUGUAUGGAGUGUUUCAGCAUCUGAAUAUCUAAUAUGUCUCUCUACAGGCUGUAAAGAAUUUAGUUCUCAGGUAAGAGGGCAGGUGAGCAAGCAUUGGGAAGGUCACGACGAAUCCCAUCAGAAAACACUAUUAAUAUAAUAAUUUAUCCUGGAAAUAUAGAUGGAUCAAGAUGAAGUGUGUGUAUUAAAAACCACAGCUGACAUUGAUGUCUGUGUGGUAAUGAAAUGAAAAAACAUUCACUGGAGGAUCACAGACUAUUUUCUGCUUAUGUUAUUUAUUUAAAAUUCAACAGAACAAAUCUAUAAUUUAGUGGCUGCUCUUACAGGAGAUAUUACAAGCCUUGUAGAGGAUGAUUCAGGAAAACCAUUUCUAUUGCUAUGAACCGCAUCAUUUAAAGCAUGCGAGAGUAAACGGAAAUGUGUUCGUACAGCAUCUGCAAAACAGAACAAUAAAUUUUUGUAAAUAUUUUGAUUUUAAAUAUGGAAGAAUAACUCAUAUUGAGUUUACAGUAUUAUUAUAAAAAAAACAACACUGGAGAAUCUGAAUGUUUUGGGCUUGUUGUAUUGUAAGUAAAUGACUUUUCAGUAUUUAUCCUUCGUGCUACAUCAUGUUGCUCAUCUCUGGGUACAUUAACGUGCUGCGUGUCUUGAACAUUUCCAGCUCAUUUGUUCAUCGUCUGGCUCACGUGUACAUUAAGUGUGUUUUUUUUUUUGUUUUUUUUUUUUAAAAACAGACUCGUUUUAACUUAACUGCAUUAAGGAGCUGAAGGAUCAAAAGCCCAUAUAGCUGCCCUAUAAAGUUACACUUUAACCCAGUGUAUUAUUAUUAUUAUUAUUAUUAUUAUUAUUAUUAUUAUUAUUAUUAUUGAUCAGUAAUAAAUUGUAUGUAUAGAUAAAUAUGGUUCUAAAUGCAUGUUUAUAAUGUGAAUAAUAACUCAUGUGCAGUUCUUGCAUUAUACUGUACAAUAAAACUGUUUGAUUCCA